AUGACUCCCCCAAAAGACAACAAAGACAACAAAGACAGGCGAGGUCGCGGCCAUGGUCAAGGCCAAAGCCGCGAUGUUCAAGUUUCAAAAGCAUUGAGCUUGCUCCUGCGGCAUGCCGCGGAGAAGGAAGGGCUGAAAAUGAACGCGCAAGGCUACGCGAGCGUGACAGAUGUGGUAUGCAGCUUUAUAUCUCCCCGGACUAUUGGCCUGCAAUCAACUAAUCUUGCCCAGCUGAACUGGAGGAAACUCAAAUCACUCAAGGUCACCUUCCCCGAGAUUCUACACGCCGUCGACUCUUCCGAUAAAAAGCGCUUCGCCCUCCUCCACAUUCCAUCCGCCCAACCCACCGAAUCUACAACCCAAGCGACAACAACACCGGUGACAGCACCCGAUGCAGAGCAAGCAUCUAGCGCCGUUGUGGGAGAAGACCAACCCACGACAUCAGUCCUGGAGUCUGCACCCGCAACCAGCGAGGCCCAACAAACAGCCACUGAUCAAGCGCUGGCCGUGAAAGACACCGACCCCUCCAACUUCUUAAUUCGCGCGACACAAGGCCACAGCAUCAAGACUGUAGACGCUGCUUCCUUCCUCGAGCCACUUUCCUUGUCCGACGAGUCGAAACUACCCGAUACCGUCGUUCACGGCACAUUCCACUCGACCUGGCCUGUAAUUCUACAGUCCGGGGGACUACGUUGCAUGGGCCGAAAUCACAUCCACUUUGCUACUGGUCCAUCGCUGGAGUCUGUGCUGUCUGUUCACAAUGAUGAUGCCGCGCAGGGCAAGUCUAAGCCUGAUGAAUCCAAAGUUAUUUCAGGUAUGCGGCGCGACGCACAGGUUUUGAUCUAUGUCGAUGUCCGCAAAGCGCUGGCGGCGGGUGUCCCGUUCUGGCGCAGUGAGAAUGGCGUUGUUCUCAGUGAGGGCGUACCGGUCGCGACAAGUCAGGAGCAGAAGGGCGAGCCGCAGAAGUUUGUCUCGCUGGACUUUUUUGAUGUCGUAGUAGAGCGCAAGGCUGGACUGGGUAAGAUCUGGGAGCACGGCGAGACUAUUCAGGAACUUCCGGCAGAUCUCUUGAAGAAAGGGAAUCCUAAGGGUCGCCGAUGA